AUGCCAGAGGAGCCCUCCACACGACUUUUUCGGGAAGCCUUCGCUCUGGGUCGCGAAAUCCGCGUGGAUGAGACUUCGCAAUACAGGCAUAUGGAGCUUGCCUGGCCGGAGUAUUUGGUUGCAAUGGGUGCAAUCAUGCGGCUACAGCAAGACUUUGAUCCUGAGUUUUUUGCGGAGAGUCUAUCAAACUUCUUCGAGACGCUCAUACCUCUGAGUGACAGCCUACUGGCGGGCAACCCAGCUACUGCAGGCCGCAAGGUUGGGAAUUCGAAGGACCAGGCGCUGCUGGUGCUCAUUGCUCAGGUCUUUCAGGAAGCUGAUGAGGAUGAGACAGGAACCAUCGACCAGACAGAAUUCCGCACGUUCUUUCAGCAGCCGAAGGUGCAAGAUCAGCUCAGGGAGCACGGCAUUUCCAUAUCCAACUUGAACAUGAUGUUCAACUCAAUGGAUGCGGAUGGUCAAGGAUUGCUGACCUUUGACGAGCUGUGUGACGGCUUCUUGAAGAUGGCGUCCAUCAUGAGGAGCAAUGAGCGUGCCAUCUCUUACAUUCGCAAGGUCUUUACCGAGUCUGAUGACGACGGAUCUGGCAGCUUAGACAAGGAUGAGUUCAACCGCAUCUUUGACGAGCCAUCCGUGAAGAAGAAGAUGGAGUCUUUUGGCAUCCAUGCCACCGACCUGUCAGACUUGUUCUCGCUGAUCGAUGAGGAUGGUAGUGGCAGCGUGACUGAGGAUGAGGUCGUUGCUGGCCUGGUCAUGCUGCGCGACCCCAAAACUGCGGGUGAACGUGGUGUGGCGCUGCUCAGCAAGAUCUUCCAUGAGGCGGAUUUGGAUGGUAGUGGAGCCUUGGACAAGUACGAGUACGUGACGGCUUUCUCGGAAGAGCAAGUGACCCAGCAGCUCAUGGCUCGAAAUCUCAAGGUCCCGGACUGGGAAGGCCUCUUUGAAGUCCUGGAUGCCGAUGGAAGUGGAACCCUCCAGUGGGAUGAGCUUCGUGAAGGACUUGUGUCUUUCUGGGCCCGACAUCAGAUGGAUACCAUCAACAAGUGA